AUGUCAAGUGUUAGAGAAGAAACAAUGAAAACAGCGGCAUCAGGCUGCGGGGUCCCGACGGGUGCGAUAGAGGACGUUCACGGCGUCACUCCCAUGCAGGAGGGGCUUUGGGCAGCCAGUCAACGACAGAAAAAUGCGUAUAACUACGAGCUCGUCAUGGAAGCAAAGGAAGAAGCAGUGGGCAGGCUAUGUGCGGCCUGGGCGAGACUGGUCAAGAUGACACCGAUGUUGAGGAGUUGCCUGGUCUUAACCGCAGAAGAAGACGGACGUGGACGGGCGAGGGGAAAGCGUCACCGGCUCUUGCAAGUGGUUCUUUGCGACAGUUACCUGGAGUCUGAGAGGACUGUUGGCGGUACCCAGUCGGAAGCUGCCCGGAGGCUUGCGGCUCUCGGCAUGGCAUGGUUCCAGAUUGAGUCUGGUAUUAGUCCCACAAAGUCGGAACAGACAAGAGUCACAAGGCAAUCUUCGACCAAGAUGACAUUGAGGUUGCACCACGCACUGUUCGACGGCUGGGCAAUGAGAUUGGUCCUUCAAGAACUGAGGACGUGCUAUCUCGGCGAACCCAUCACUCCUCCACCGCCAUUUCGGCGAUUCGUUGAAUACCUCGACCGUCUGGAAUUGGGAAAAAGAGAAGAGGAAGAGGCUCGUCAGUUCUGGCACGAUAUGCUCUCGGGCAGCAGUCCGACGGAAAUGGUGGUCUGUCCUACUGGUCACGAGCCGACAACGGAUGCUAUUGCGUCGUUCGUCAGCGAGCAGCCUCUUCUCACGCCUGGUUCGAGGGCAAACCAUGAGCUAGACUCGGCGACAACCGCGGCUACUACGGUCACAACGGCAACGGUGGUACAGACGGCAUGGGCCAUGCUGAUGGGGGCGUAUGCCGCUACCGAUGAUGUCCUCUUUGCUGUCAUCACCUCGGGCCGUGACGCCCCCGUGCCCGGCGUGCUCGACAUGGCUGGGCCGACUAUGGCAGCGGUCCCGAGCCGCGUGGUCUUGGACCGAGACAUGCCGGUGGAGAAAUUGCUCGAGCAAGUCGCUCGAGACUCGCAGGCCGUUCUCCCACACCAGCACUCGGGGAUAUCGCGCAUCUGCCUGGACUACGCCGGCAUCACGCGCGUGCCGCAGGUCCUCCUCCUCGUCCAGCCGUCCGACGUGGACGUCGUGGGCUUCGGCGCGAACUUGAAGCAAGACCAGACCGAAGAGGCUGAUGACGCUGGAAAACCUGCUUUCGACUGGCGCGUGACGUCUCACGUUGAUCUUGUGCAUCCGUACGCCCUGGUGGUUGAGUGUUGGAUCCGGCGCGGCCGCCCCGGGUCGGACUCGUCUCAGCUCCGAUUCACGGCACAUUACGACUCACAGCUCUUCACCGAGAUGCAAGCCGGACGCCUACUGGAGCAGCUUUCUCACCUGGUCAUGACCCUGACCGCCCACCUCGGGAAGCGGGACCCGUCCUCGGAUGCUAUCACGCGCGUUGGGGAUUUCGCGAUGGCAAGCCCCAGAGACAUGGACUUUUUGCAGCAAUUAAAUAAGACUGUUCCUCCUCCCGUUGAACGCUGUCUCCAUGAUUUGUUUGCGGAAAGUCGCAGGCGCUACACCAACGCCGUUGCUGUUGAUGGGUGGGAUGAAGAGUUCACGUAUGCAACUCUCGAUGAGUUGUCCAACAAGCUUGCCCAGAAACUAGUUUCUCGCGGUGUUGAAGCCGAGUCCAAAGUUUUGAUCUUCUCCCCAAAAUCAGCAUGGGUUGUGGUUGGUCUCCUGGCCAUCUUGAAGGCUGGAGGAGCCUUUGUCCCGUUGGAACCAGCUCACCCGGAUAGCCGUCUACAAGACAUCACACGUCUCUCGGGUGCUUCGGUGGCUCUCGCACACCCGUCCCUUGUACCGCGUCUUAAAGAACUUGUCCGGUCCAAGUCCGUAGUUGAUGUACUGGACAUGACGGACACAUGCCUUACUGAGAUGGAGUGCGUUGCGCCCAACACGGGUCGCACGAGAUCAUCCCAAGCGUGUCCAUCCGACCUCGCAUACAUCAUCUUCACGAGCGGAACCACGGGAGUUCCCAAGGGAGUAGAAGUACAGCACCGAGCCGUGUGCUCGAGCAUCGCCGCACGCGUGGGCCCAGCUGCCAUGGACAUGGCGCAAGGCUCGCGGGUGCUGCACUUCUCUCCGUACUGUUUCGACAGCAUGAUUGACGAGAUAUUCAUGGCUUUAUCCAGUGGUGCCUGUAUCUGCGUCGGCCACGAAGAUGAGCUCAAGGAUGACCUGAGCGGUGUCAUCGACAGGUACGCCGUUACCUGGGCCUUCCUCACCCCAUCAGUGGCGCGUACGAUAGAUCCCAAGAGCGUGGCCGCUGCCGGUACGCUAAAGACACUCUCGCUUGGCGGUGAGCCUGUCCUUGCAAACGAUGUUGAGCAAUGGCGUGGGCAUGUUCCACAACUCCGCAACGGAUACGGACCAACUGAGUGUUGCAUCAUAUGCGUUGUCGGAGACUUUUUUCAUGAACGCAAUGAGCCGCCUCUUCACUCGGGCUAUUCGUAUCUCGGGACGCCUCGGGGCUGCCUUGCCUGGGUUGUUGAUCCAAAGAACCCAAGCCGCCUCAGACCCAUCGGAGCAGCUGGCGAGCUGCUCGUGGAAGGGCCAAAUUUGGCUCGGGGCUACUUGGAAGAUGGAGAUGCCACAUCUGCCAAGUGGAUCAAGCCUCCAGAGCUUCCCGUGCUUCUUGAGAAUGAGAGUGGUCUGGGAUUUCAUGCUCGGCGCCGAGCAUACCGCACCGGAGAUCUUGUUCGCAACGGCGACAGUCAAACAAAGCUUCGAGGGCAACGCUUCGAGCUCUCCGAGGUGGAGAGUCAUGCGUUGUCCGCUCAAGACUUCAUGCAACUCGGCGUGCGUGAAGUUGCUGCUUUUGUCUUUGACAGAUGUGGCCAGGAUCGAGGUCAGCUCCUCUCAGGUGUUCCCACCACAACACCCGGCACGAGGGCUCUCGCGCUGGCUUUUGUACAAAGCCAGCACGAGAACAAGAUCCGCAACACGACCGACCCGCGCAUCCCUACAACGGAUACGAGAGCAUUGAACAGAGAACAGAUGCCGCAGACAUUGGACCUGUCAGCAGGACUCAGAGACAGGGUACGCCAUGUUUUCCAAACCUUGAGCGCUGCUCUUCCGGCUUACAUGGUUCCGACCUACUGGGUCCCCAUCGACAGAAUGCCAUUGAUGCCGUCGACAAAGACAGAUCGCCGGAGGCUUGCUCAGCUGAUGCAGAGCUUUUCUGCGGAAGAAGUUGCAGUGUUUUCGGCCGAGCAUGCGACUCUCGAGCAUAAGGCGGCCACAACCUCAGCCGAGAGGAAACUCGCGAGGCUUUUCGGCUCUGUGCUGGAUACUGAUCCCGAGAAGAUCAGCAUCUGUGGAGACUUCCUCAGCCUCGGAGGCGAUUCCAUCAUGGCCAUGCGUCUGGCCGCGUCCUGUCGCUCGGACGGCUUGUAUGGAGUGACCACUGCGUCGAUCCUCAGGCUUCGGACUAUCGAGGCCCUGGCAAAGAAUCUUGGAGGUGAUAACAUAGACGCGUCACUGCAGGGCUCUGUCAGUGACGAUGUAGAUGAAAGCUCGCCAGGACACUCGAUGAUACCUCCAGCCUUCUCUAUUCUGAGGUUCCUGAAGAUCCCAGAAUCCGAGGCAGUUGGAACUGCCGUUGACACCCUUGGUGUGGCUGCGUCAUGCAUACAGGACAUAUAUCCAGCCACGCCGCUACAAAAGGCACUUUUCACACUUGGGAGUAUACAUAACAAUGCGUACAAGGGCGUCUUCGUCUUUGAUAUCUCUGCGGCCACUAAAAUCGAUGUUGUCCAACGCGCAUGGGCCGCUUUGAAGGCCGCAACCCCGAUCAUCCGCACGCGGCUGUUCAGGUUCCGCUCAAAUAUCUGGCAAGCUGUGGUUCAGAAUGACGGUUCAACUUGCACAGUCAUCGCUUCGGACAGUUUGGAGAAGUAUCUUGAGGAACAACGGAACGUUCUUAGAGAAAUGACGUUUGGCUCGGAGCUGUUCUCCGCAAACAUUGUUGCUGUGGACAGCAGCCAAGGGCCGCAACAACACCACUUGGUCAUUAACGUUCAUCACGCGCUGUAUGAUGGGUGGUCCAUCGGGAUCAUCAUCAAGGAGUUUGAACGAUCAUGCAGUGACAGCGCGUGCCUGAGCAGGAGUUUCAGCGAGAAGAAUGCCUACUCCCGGUUCGUGAACUACAUUGUUCAGGUGGAUUCUGCUUCCAGCCGCGACUUUUGGCGGGAGUAUCUUGGCGACCCUCACAGCACAUUUGCCACGUUUCCAGAUAUCAAAAGCAGGCCACCUUUCCAGCUUGAUAUGAACCAACGCCACCAGGGCGCCCUCACGGAUUCCACGGCCGAGAUCAGCUCAAGCCUCCCGGAAAAGGAGUCAAGUUUUACUUUAUCAGCUGUCAUGUACGCAGCUUGGAGCCAGUUGGCGGCCGCCUACAGCAGUUCUGACGAUGUCAUCUUUGGCGUGACCAGCCACGGCCGAGACAUUCCCGCACUCCCACACAGCUGGGACAUCGCUGGCCCAACAAUUGCGACAUAUCCACUUCGUGUGAGGAUUCCCUCGAGAUCAUCUGACGCCCUAGCGCAUGACUUUGUUCGGGGAGUAGAGGAGGGGGCAGCGAUGAUCACGGCCAAGGGAUUUGAACACUACGGCCUCGACGAGAUCGGAAGAGCCACUGCCAGCGGAGAGUCAGGUGGCACUGCUACAUCUCCUUGCUCGUUCCACAGCCUGGUAAUAGUUCAGGCUCCGCAAGAGCGAGAGACAAGGAAAGGGAUAUUUCAAAAGGUGCGGGAUGUCGGCGCCAACGCACAUCCGUAUCCCUUAGUCCUCGAGGUGACCCCUUUGCUCGACACGGGAGAGCUACGCAUCACCGCUCACUACGACUCUUCUCUCCUGGAUGAAGAAACGGUUCUGCGGCUCUUGAAUCAGCUAGCACACGUUGUACAGGAGACGGCCCGACUAGCAAAGCCUGGGACCGGCGCGAAGCUCCGAGAUGUCAGCCUUCUAAGCCCUGCUGACGCGUCGUCCAUCUUCCUGGACUGGAACGCCAGCUCGUCCCUCCCCUCGCGUAUCGACAGCUGCGUCCACGAUCUCAUCGCUGCCCGUGUCGAGAAGCAGCCUUACGAGCCCGCGGUAUGCGCCUGGGACCUCAGCCUCAGCUACACCGAGCUGCAGAACCUUGCCGGCAGCCUGGCCGCUGUCCUGACAAGAGAAGGGGUUGAGACAGGGCAGUUUGUCGUGAUAUGCGUUGAGAGAUCGUCGUGGACGGCGGUGUGUCAGCUUGCGGUGCUCAAAGCCGGAGGUGCCUGUGUGUUGCUUGAUCCCAGAUACCCAAAAGCUCGAAACCAGGACAUAAUCUCUCAGUCUCGGGCCAAGUUUGCCGUUGUAUCCAACGCAACCAGGGCCCUUUUCUGUCGAUCAGAUCUCCCUGUCACCACAAUUGUCGCCUCUGAGAUGCUCCGGUCUCAGUCUGUAGCGGGCAUGCCGCCGUCCCCCUCAACCCCACCCACAGAACAACCAGCCAGCACGCCAGUGAGGCCUUCGGACCCGGCUUACUGCGUCUUCACUUCAGGCAGCACAGGCUCGCCGAAGGGCAUCGUUAUCGACCAUGCCGCGCUGUGCACUUCAGCUUCUAGUUACGGCCCAGCCUUGGGCCUCGGUCCUUCGUCUCGCGUCUUGCACUUUGCAUCGUGCACAUUUGACGUGAGCGUUGGCGAAGUCCUGACAACACUGAUGCAUGGCGGCUGCGUCUGCAUACCCGACGAAGAGGCAAGGCUGAACGACUUAUCUGGCUGUAUCAAUUCCUUCCGUGCCAACUGGCUAUACCUUACCUCUUCAGUCGCGGCGAUCCUGAGCCCGAAGGAUCCCAGAGUGUCGUCCCUGAAGACGUUGGUCGUUGGCGGGGAGGCCGUACAGCAGCAAGUUGUCGAGACUUGGGCAGAAAGCAACGUGACGUUGAUCAACGCAUAUGGCCCCGCUGAAACAACCAUCUAUUGUUCGUCUCGUAUCGUAACCUCGAGAGACAUAGACGCUAGAGACAUUGGCAAAGCCGUGGGCUGCCGCAUGUGGAUUGUCUCCCCCGACGAUCAUCACAGACUGCUACCCAUCGGCGCCACGGGGGAGAUUGUCGUGGACGGUCCCAUCCUGGCUAUUGGCUACCUGAACCAGCCGGACCUGACCGCGGCACACUUCAUAUCAUCUGUGCCUUUUCUCCCGGAAGGCCACAGAGUGUACCGCACAGGGGACUUGGCCUGUUAUGCCGCCGACGGCAAUUUUCACUUUCGAGGGCGGCGAGAUACGCAAGUCAAGGUCAAUGGUCAACGAGUCGACUUCCUUGAGGUCGAGAAGCAAAUCCUGAAGUUGAAAGAACCACCCUGGAGCGUGCAACACGCGGCCAUCGUGUCAUUCAAGAGGCAGAUCCUCGGUCAUACUAGUGCUCUGACGAGGGGAGAGAUGUCGCAGUCUGAGGAGCUUGCGGCUUAUAUCUGUUUUGAUGAUCCGAAAGCCGUCUCUGAAAGCACGUCACUGGUACCGCUAGGAAGCAAUGAGCAAGAUCUAGCGACGACAGCUCUGCUUCCUCUCACAGCGGCUAUAUCUAUGAGGUUGUCUCAUGUCAAGAGUCGCCUGCAAGACAUACUGCCGACGUACAUGUUACCCACUGUCUACUUGCCUGUAGCUAGCCUUCCCAGGACGACGUCGUCGAAGCUGGACCGAAAGGCCCUCAAGCAAACAGUAGAAAACCUCUCUGAGGCAGAACUACUCGCUCUAUCCGCACAAGUCUUGAGCUCCAGGUCGGAUCCAGAUGGCUGUCUCACGCUAGAAAGCAAACCCCCAAUCUCAAGCUUGAACCUGCCUCGCGAUGGCCUCGAGUCGGAGCUGUGGCGCAUCUGGAGAAAGGUUCUAAGCCGGGGCGGAAGCAUCCAACCCGAAGACAACUUCUUUGCCCUCGGCGGCAACUCUCUCUCGGCAAUGCAACUAGUCUGGCAAGCCCGGGCUCAGGGGUUGGAGCUGUCCGUGUCGGACUUGUACAGCAAUCCGACCAUCUCGCAACUGGCCGAGAUUGUACGGGUACGAGCACGAGGCAAAGGAGGAGAAGGAGGGGGAGGAGGCGGACACAACCUACCGACACCGCCGCUUACAGGACGCUUCGAAUACCCCCCCGAACCAUUUUCCAUGGUGGAAUCAGAGGAGAAGGCUGCUGUUGAGCUCGAAGCUGUACGACGUCUCGGCAUCAGUGCUGAUGCUAUCGAGGACAUAUACCCGGCGACAGACAACCAGAUUGGACUUUUGCUGCAGACAGAGCAGCGAGCCGGUUUAUGGGUGGCAGAUGAUUGGUGGGAGCUCCCAGAUGGUCUCGAUAUUGACAAGUUCCGCGCAGCAUGGGACGCCGUGGUUGAUAGAUGCCCUAUCCUGCGGACACGCGUCCUGCAGGUUGAUUCGGGUCCAGCCUCGCAGUCCAAGGCCUACCAGAUCGUCCUACGUUCUGAGAUUCAAUCUUGUCAACAUCAACGGCCCUCGAGUAUAUCUAAGAACGAAGAGUCGCUACAUGAAAUGGGCUUUGGGACACCUCUUUCUGUAUAUCGUAUCAUCACGGGGUCUUCUAGGAGCAUGCUCCAGUGGACACGACACCAUGCCAUUUACGAUGAAUGGUCCACUCAGCUCAUCCUCGGCCUCGUAGCCGACGUGUAUCGUGGCAAAACGCCACGGGACACGCGACCGUUCUCGUACCAUGUCCGCAAUUUACAGAGCUCGGACAAAGACGCCGCGAGAGCGUUCUGGCUGUCGGAGCUGGCCGGCGUCGGCGCCGAUGCCUAUCGGGCGUGCUGCUUCCCAUGUGAAAGUACACAUGGACUUUCACAAAGCCCGACCGUCUCAGAGCCUGCCACACAGAGCCGGAUGAGACGGGACUUGAAGCUGCGUGGCCUGAGAGAAGAGACUCAUCCAGGAAGCGUCGUCGGCGUCUCCGUGGCGAUGUCGACGGUCCUCGAGGCGGCUUGGGCUUUCGUCAUAUCAGCCUGCACCGACUCGCAGGACACACUCUAUGCCGUGGUCCAGUCAGGCCGCACCAACGAUACUGAUCCUGGCAUACUCCAAGUAGUCGGCCCAACGGUAUCACUCGUGCCGCGUCGAGUUCGUUUGGACGACCGACAGGAGCUGGGUAUCUUCUUGAGAGCAUGCCAACAACGAGCACAAGCGGCAGUGCCGUAUGAGGGUGUCGGUCUCGAAAUCAUGAGGAAAGUCCUGUCAGGAAGCCACGCGUCGAUCAACAACCUCCUCGUCAUACAGGCCGGCGUCGCAGAGGCAGUCCACCACGACAACAUUGCUGGCGAUGAUGGACUCGCCGCUCUGGGCUUGCGUCCGGUGACUACCGAACUUUCCUCGACUGACACGGCUGCGUUUCCAUUCGGGUUGGUCCUUGAGUGUGUCGUGCCACGCCUGGACGGUGGCCCAAGGAACAGCCAUUUCGAGCUAGUUGCCCACUACGACAACGGCUUCAUCAAAGAGGACACAGUGGAGUGCUUGAUCUGGCAUUUUCAGCAUGUGGUCAACGAGAUGGUCCAACUACCUCCCGAGACUAUCCUCGGAGAUCUUUCUAUCUGGGGGCCCGAUCAAACCAGCCCUCUUCUGCGUCGCCUACGCGGGAACCCUCCGCCGGAAGCCGUGGAGACUUGUGUCCAUGAUCUCGUGGAAAGGCACUGGCACAUCGAUUCCCAGCUCCUGGACCAUCCUGCCGUCGUCAUGCGCACCAGAGGCAGUGAUGGACCAUCUCAUCCGACCUUGACGUACCGAGAUCUGGGCAAGUACUCCGGCGUCAUCUGUAGCCGCCUCAGCCAGAACAUCGAGAUGCGCUCGGCAUUUGCGACAGGAGAAGAAGAUCGGCGGCACCCCUUUGUGGCCAUCUGCCUGGAAAAAUCAGUCUGGACCAUCCCAAUCAUGAUGGGGGUGUGGCAAGCCGGGGCAGCCGUCGUAUUGCUGGACCCAGAACUGCCACGAUAUCGCCUGCGCAAGGCCGUUCAACAGGUCAAUGCCGUCUUGGUCCUUGUGUCCCGAGCAACUCGAUACUUGUGGGAUGAGCUUGAUGAUGGAUACGCCAUGGACGGGCCGAACAUUACAAGCUUGCUGAUGACCCUUCCUCUAGAAGAAGAGGACGACUCUUAUUCCCAAGAGGAGACGAAACUCCGAGAAUCAAGGCCUGAGAAUGCGUGCUACUGUGUCUUCACCAGCGGAUCUACCGCCGAGCCAAAGGGCGUCAUCGUUCAGCAUCGAGCCAUAUCUACCAGCGCCGUCUACCACGGACUCGAGGCGGCUCUCGACCACACCUCCCGCGUGCUCCAGUUCUCGUCCUACUCAUUUGACGUGGCCAUUGACGAGAUGAUCACCACCCUAGUCCACGGCGGCUGCGUAUGCGUCGUCGGCGAGGAGGACCGCAAGUCCCCGGCGGACCUGGUGGACGCCAUGCGCGAGAUGGAAGUCAAUGUCGCGCUGCUGACGCCGGCGGUGCUCCAGACCCUCGACCCGUACAGCGUACCCGCGUGCCUCAAGACACUGAUGGUCGGAGGGAGCCCACUCAACUCGUCUCUCUUGACGCAGUGGGAGAGCCGCGUACGGCUGCUUGUGGCGUACGGCCCGUCCGAGUGCAGUAUCACGGCAACCAUGAGCUCGGACGUAGGAAACAGCCCACCUGGAACCAUCGGCCGGCCAGUGGGGUGUAGAGCCUGGGUUCUUGGUCCCGUACAGACGAACGACCGCGACGAGGCUACGUCGAAACAAGAUCCGAACCCUCGCAUGUUGCGUCUGGUGCCGCUCGGUUGCGUCGGAGAACUGGCCAUCGAAGGUCCUAUCUUGGCCGAGGGCUACAUCAGCAACCCAAGACUCACAGCGGAGCGCUUCAUCUUCGCUUCGCACGUGGCGGGCGACUUCUGCCGUGUCACGGGUUGCCGCCCGGAAACACGGUUGUACAGGACCGGCGACCUUGUCAGACAGAAUCCGGAUGGCUCGCUGCUAUUUCUUGGCCGGAUAGAUUCUCAGGUCAAAGUCCGCGGCGUCCGCGUUGAGCUCGAGGCCAUCGAGCACUGCAUUCUCGAGUUAACCGAUGUCCGAGGCGUUGUAGUUGCUUAUCCUGAGAAGGGGCCUUUCUCCGGACGCUUGGUUGCCGUUGUUCAACUCCAAGACAGUGACACCCGAUAUGAGAGCUUUUUGACACCGGCAUCUGCCACCGCUGAGUCCAAUUUUCAAACCACUCUCGCGUCGGAUAGCGUUCUGAAGGGUGUCAGAGGUCACGUCAAGGACCGUCUCCCGCCAUCCCACGUCCCAACUGUCUGGGCAACUGUCGGACAACUACCUCUCCUACGUUCCGGAAAGGUUGAUCGUGCCGUCUUAAGGAGGCAACUAGAGAAUCACGAUGCUUUUACCGUUCAUCACGAAAGCCCAGGGCAGAAUGGCUUCUCUUCCGUGUCAAGAACACCAUCACUGAGAGACGACGGCCAAAGAGCAUCCACGGGCACGCCUACAUACACAUCUCCGAUCGAGACCAAAGUCAGAGAGUUGAUGGGCCAGGUUCUCGGUAUAGAUCUCUCGUCGGUGCCAAGCACUUCCAGCUUUGCUCGGCUAGGUGGCGACUCUCUACUGGCAAUGCAGUUGGUUGCUCGUGCUAGGACGGCGGGCGUUCCGGGUAUCAGCGUAGCCAAGCUGCUCGGUGACACGAGCAUCGCGGAGUUGGUUCAAGGGGUCUCGGCGGCAGCAUCAGAGCUAGGGUCUCGAAACUCACAAACGAAGAGGCGUCCGGUUCGGCGGCCGAGGUUGAGGUCCCUAGAGUCCCCAGAACCACCAGAAGCCACGUACGAACAGUACACCAUCGCCCUCACCUCUCCGCAGCGCAUGUUCUUCGUCCACUAUCCAUUUGGCCCAGGCUAUUUCAACCAGAGCGUUUCCGUGUCCAUACGAAGUCCACGGCCAACCCUCACACCGUCGGACAUCCGUGGGCAUCUUCUCAGCUUGGUCGAAAGGCACCAUGCGCUACGCUCGCGUUUUUGGCGGAGACGAUCCAAUGCCCCUGAAGGAGACGGCCUUGUCUGGCACUGGGAGAGCAAUGUCACAGAAGAUACUGCCGGCUCUCUGCGGUUCCGUGCCCAUGUGCUCGACGGCGAGACGGUCGACAUUGCCCGGGUUGCCCUCGAGACGCACCAGAGCCUCAACAUCAGCUCUGGCCCCCUUUUUGCUGCCGACUUGUUCCGUCUGCCGCAUGGUGACAUGGAACUGUUGUUGGUUGCCCACCAUCUUGUCGUUGACAUCGUGUCUUGGUCUAUUCUCCUCGGUGACCUUGAGGCGUUGCUACUCGGGGCUGAGCUUGGCCCGGAUCCAGCAUCGCCACCACCUGACUCUGGGAUUCUCUUCUCCAAGGCCAGAGAUAUCACACAACGAGCAUGCAUCCCGGGAACCUCCGGCAAUGAAGAGGAGGCGCUCAAGUUCUGGGGCGUGGACAUGCGUGGUUCCUCCGCGGGCUUUGAAUCCCUGGCCGGCUCGCGGUCAGUAAGAUUUAGCAUGUCCCUCGGGAAAACCGAUUCGCGCCUCUUGUCCGAAGCCAUAUCUUCCAUUGACCAGCUCGAGAUAGGAGACGUCGUCGAGGCGGUCGUGGCCAAGGUCUUUGCAACCUUCUGCCGCGAUAAAGGUCGUAUGUCCUCGCCCCUUGUUUACGCAGAAGACCACGGACGAGACUUUGAUGACGAUGGGGGAGGAAAAACCAGCGUCACGAGAGUCGGGUGGCUCACGCGCGUUCGUCCGGUUGAUAUCUCUCUUUUGAGCCCGCAAACUUCUCUCGUUGAAGCCAUAUGGCAUGCGAGGAGUGGCCGUCAGAAACCUUCAAGCGAAGCUCCAGGAUCCACAGCAUGGAUUCCCCCUCUCCCCUUGGAGCUGGUCAUCAACUACACCGGCAGACCGCUGGUACGCGGCGGUUCAUCAUCGAAAUUGACACCCAGCUCGGGGCCCUUGAAGCCCGUUUCGACAACAACCGCUGCCGCGUUGGCCACAGUACCGGACACGGACCCGUGCUUGAUGCCGUUAGCUCUCAUCGAAGUGCUGGCAGCGUUGUCUGAUGGUGAGGAACUGGAACUGACAGUAACCUACGACGCCCGAAUCCAGUCUGUCGGUAUGGUGCGCUGCUUUUUGGAGUCCUGCAUCCGGGUUCUCCAUGACGAAGUGAUUCCCAAUCUCGCAGUAGACUCGGUUUCGAGAUGGCGCAGCAACCUUAGAUUCCUACCGGGGCUCGGUGACAAGACCACAGAGUACACGACGAGCCAGAGGCGUCGGAAACUGGUGAUGGAGAGGCUUGGACUGAAAGUAAUGGACGAGAUCGAGACCGUCAGGGCUUGCAGUACGGCUCAGACGCAGAUCCUCCUGGCCCAGGCCCAGGCCCAGGCCCGGGUGCCACACAGCUCGGUAUACCAGGUGCAGGCCCUUUGGGAAGUCUCAACUCUGAGGCUUCACGAUCAAGAGUAUCGGCCAACAGAAGAUUCCCAGAGCCAUGCUCCACAUGGCCUCGACUUGGCCAGGCUGCAAAAUGCGUGUGAGACGGUCGUCAGGCACCAUCCCGCGCUGCGCACAGCCUUUGUCCAGCUCCCCGAUAUGGCGAACCCGGUCCAGGUCGUCUUGCGCGAUGGCUGCGCGGAUACGGUUUUGCGAGUUGCUCCUAAGGCUUUUCGUCCUAGCGAGCCUCGGCCGGGGGCAGCAGCAACUGUGCAUCUCGAGCUCCGUAUCAACCAUGCAUCCUUUGACGGGUCCUCAAGCGCCCUGCUCCUACGGGACAUUGCCACGGCGUAUACUGGCGAGCUUUUGGAUCCUUCCAGUGCCUCAGCGGCUCAUGGGUAUUUUAAAAACUUGGCGAAAGCCCGAGACGAAGUCCAGAUGGCCGACGCGUUCUGGGCACAGCACCUGGAGGAUGUGGAGCCUUGCCGUCUGCCCCCACUUGGUUCCGGCCCCGGCCCCGGCCCCGGAUCCGGCUCCGGGAUCAGUAAUCUUGGUGACGCCGACUCGGCUAUUGGGUCCUUCGAUGAGUCCUUGUCCUUCAAAGGUGAGAAAUCCUCUCUUUCCAGCUGGUGCCGGCGGUUCGGAGCAACGACGGCCGUGGCCAUCCACACGGCGUGGGCCAUGGCCUUGAACGCGUACUGCUAUACGAGCAGCACAGAGGCCCAUGACGUCUGCUUCGGCUGGAUCUCCUCUGGACGAGACGCGCCGGUGGACGGCUUAGAGAAGGCGAUAGGAAUGUUCGCCAACCUCCUCGUCUGCCGCGUGCAACUCGGGCCGGACACCCUCCUGCGCGAUGCCGUGGCCGCCACGGCUCGAAACAUGGCCGAGGAACUCCAGCAUCAGAUCGGCAGGCCGCAACUCCACCGCCACGGCGAGCCUCUCUGCGACACUCUCGUGACCGUCCAGUCGGUAUCUCCAUCCAGAGAUCCGCCAGGCCGUUGCCAGUUGAGCUUCCGGCAGAUAGAGGGGCUCGACCACGUGGAGUACUCUCUCGUCCUUAACCUUGGGCUCGCGGGGGACAACGACGACACCAUCGACUGUCGUGUCACGUACGACGACUUCAGGAUCUCCGAGACGGCAGCUCGUGCCUUCUUUGCCGUUUUCCAACAAGCCUUGACGGCCAUCAUUACCACCGCGGCCGACAGUGCCGCUAUGGUCUCUGAUAUUGACCUCUUCCCUUCUUUCCACCACGAGCUGGCUCACGAUUUCAACAACACCCGCACCAGCGGCAACAAUAUAGAACGGCUACUUCCGAUUGAUCACCCGCUUGAACAGUCGUAUAAUCCAGCCCCUUCGGCCUCCACCGUCGUAUCCCUCUUCUCUGACCAAGUACGGGCACGGCCAGAUGCAGUCGCCGUCGAUGCCUGGGACGCCUCCCUCACGUUCUCCCAAAUCGACGGCCUUUCCACGUCCUUGUGUCAACACCUCGUCCAUCGUCUCGGUCUCUCUCGUGGCGAUCAUGUUACCCUCCUUUGCGACAAGUCGGCGUGGGUCGUCGUGGCCAUGCUGGCCGUCCUGCGCGCCGGCGCCGCGUGUGCGUUUCUCUCCCCGGCCGACGGGCUCAACAGGCUGCGCAACAUGGUGACGGAGCAGAUGCGCGCGAACGUCAUAAUAGCAAGCCCGGCCCACGAAGACAAGGCGAUGGCCUUGCUUGGUGACUGCCACCGCAACGACCGCAACAGCAGCCGGGUCGUCGUGUUGGAUCCCGACUCGGACGUGUUCAUUCGGGAUCCCUGCAUCAACGCCGCCAAAGGCUUGUUGGAUCGCAGCCAGCCAGACGGUGUGGCCUUUGUUCUCUUCACGUCUGGGAGCACCGGCAUGCCCAAAGGCAUCAGGCUGACGCACUCAUCGCUGUGCCUGAGCAUCCUCAACUACACCCGCCGUCUGGGCAUCUCGCACCGGUCUCGCUUGUUCCAGUUCUCGGCCUACACGUUCGACGUCGGUAUCGGCGACAUGCUCGCUUCUCUAGCCACUGGGGCCGUUCUAUGCGUCCCCUGCGAGCAGGACAGACUCGGUGACCUCAACGGGGCCAUCGAUGGCUACCGGGCAACUCACGUUAUCUUGACCCCCUCCGUGGCCGCCUUUCUGCGACCGGAGCGUCUCGAGAACGGCGGCCUCCGGACGAUGGUCCUUAUCGGGGAGGUCGCCACGUCAGAGUUGUACAAGACGUGGCACGGCCGCGUCCGGCUCUUCAACGCGUAUGGGCCGGCCGAGUGCAGCGUCCUCACCACCGUUCACGAGGUGGAAUCCCCAGACGACAACCCUGCCGUCAUCGGCGCCGCCGUCGCCCCUCACUGCCGCGUCUGGCUCGUCGAUGCCGCGGACCCUUCACGUCUAGUCCCCGUCGGCUCAUCGGGGGAACUUCUCAUCGAGGGGCAGCACGUUGCCUCGGGGUACUUGAACGACCCUGAAAAGACGGCCCGGGCCUUCAUAUCUGCUGACGAGGCUCCCGCGGCGAUCCGGCCACUGCUCCCGAGGGCCGGCCUUUACCUCACAGGCGACCUGGCGAGGCUCGUUCCGCAUCAUGGGCUGGUCUUUCUGGGCCGUAAAGACCUGCAGAUCAAGCUCAGGGGGCAGCGUGUCGAGAUGGGAGAGAUCGAAUUCCACGUCCGUCGCAGAGCACAUGAGUGUCGGUGUCAUCUCCGGCAGUCGAGGGUUGACCGUGAAGAUGGUGUCAGUAUCAUGGCGGCCGUGGUUGUCGCAAAGCAGGCCAGUGGUGAAGAUGCGUUGGUGGCCUUUGUGUCUCUUACUCCUGGGGGGAGCGAACUCAUGUCGGAGGAUGACGGUAGGGAUCGGGACAAGAACGAUGAGGACUCCCGGCUGAGUGACGAGUUCUUCGUCCACCUCAGAAGCCGGCUCAGCCUGGAUCUGCCACCCUACAUGGUUCCAUCAAUCUUCCUGCCCAUCAGUCGUCUUCCGCAGACGCCGUCAGGUAAACUCGACCGUAAGAAACUGCUGCAACUGGCGACUGAGCAUUGCAGUCCUCAAGCAGCCAAAUGUUUGGACGCCACACAGACAAACACAUGUAGCAUUGAUGAUGAAUUGCACCAUCCAUCGGCUCUUGACAACACCUUCAGUCCGUCACAACAACGCCUGCGGUCUCUCUGGGCCAAUGUUCUCAAAGUAGAGGCAGCAUCCAUCGGCCCCAACGAUAACUUCUUCAGUCUCGGCGGUGACAGCAUCCUCGCCAUGCGUCUUGCGGCUGCCGGCCUCGAGGAGGGCGUCCGCCUGUCCGUCUUGAUCAUCAUGAGACAUCCCAUAUUUUCACGGAUGGCCGCCGAGGUUGACCAGAACCAGGGCGUAGACGCCAAUCAUGACGCAGUCGAGCGUCGGUACGGACAUACUGAGGCCUCGCCCGGUGACACUACCGCUGUUGAUGACAUCUCGGCUUCACUACAGCCUCUGGAUGACCAAAGAGAAUUCCCCGCAACGAGCUUCCAGGAGGCAAUUCUGGCUUUCAACAUGGCACCGGCUCGAGGUUUCUUGAACUAUUUCAUCCUGAAACUCGACUCACGAGUCGACACCAUCCAUCUCGAGGCGGCCUGCCGUUCUAUGCUCGUACGGCAUCCGGUUCUACGAUCGUCUUUUUCUUACAGGGAAGAAAGGCUAUUCCAACGCAUCCGCCCGCUGGAGGCGGUCAAAAUCCAGACACUCAACAUCCCUCAUACAGUGAGAUCUGAACCCUCGAGCACCAUAGACACUCACACCGCCGGAUUGAUUGACUCUGAUCGAAACGCGCCGUUGACAUGGGGCGACUGUCUAACAAAGGCCUUCAUCAUACGGCACCAGGACACAGAUGCCUCGAGACUCAUCCUUCGCCUUUCCCACGCCUUGUACGACGGCAUGUGCCUGUCGAACUUGUGGGAUGACCUCAGCUCCGCCUACAACAGCGGCUUCGAACCAGAGUCUGCCACCGACGAACAAGAAGUUGGCUUCGUGCAGUUCGCCUCCGCCGUGGCGGCAGACCUGCCCCAAUCUUCUCAGGCGUUCUGGCAUGGCCUCCUUCGCGGCUCCGACAUCACUCCGGUGGUCCGAAAUACACACCAGCGGGAAACGGGUGCUCUCACACAGCCGACUCCAACCCUAGGUCUGAUGCAAGGCCGGCAAUCUUCGACCGUACCCUCCCGUAGCCUCGUGAUGCCCUCCUUCACGCCGGCCUCGGUGCUUAAAGCCGCCUGGGCAGUCGUGCUCGCGGCUAAUUCCCCUGGGGUCCGCGACGAGGUUGUCUUCGGCCACGUCGUCUCCUGCCGCGAGACCCUGGCCCCUUCGAUGCAGGACGCCGUCGGCGCCUUCGUGAACUGCGUCCCCGUGCGGGUCGACUUGGCGGCCGGAGGUGUUCCUCGCACUAUAGACACGGCAUAUGCGGUUCGGCGGCUCGUCGAGCAGGUUCAGGAUCAGCACGUGGCCGGUCUACCGCAUCAUGCCGUCGGGCUCGGCCAGCUCGUACGGGCGGGCUGCGUCGAGUGGAGGCGUGCGCGCUUCUGCUCGGUUGUCCAGUACCAGAACCUGCCCGUCUCCAAGACCAGGGGUCUGUCUGUUGUCGAGUCCGGACCGCUUCGGGGAACGGCCAUCGAGAUCGACGGCCGGGCCGGGGCGUACGCCGACGUGUGGGUCACGGCGGUGCCUCUUGAUACCGAAAGGACCGAAGUUGAGAUUUGUUAUGAUUCUUCUGUCGUUGAAGACCAACUUUCACAGGUCUUGCUUGAAGGGCUCUGCACGGCGCUGCGAAGCAUGUGUGUCUAG